CAAUGCCCCCGCUUACUUCAUGAAUCUCAUGAAUAAGAUCUUUAUGAACUUCCUGGACAAGUUUGUGGUUGUCUUCAUCGACGACAUCCUCAUAUACUCCAAGUCCGAGGAAGAGCAUGAGCAACAUUUGGAAGUGGUCCUAGAUACCCUUCGGGAACAUCAGUUGUAUGCCAAGUUCAGCAAGUGUGAGUUCUGGUUGAAGGAAGUAGGAUUCUUGGGUCACAUCUUGUCAGCCGGAGGAAUUGCCGUUGACCCCGCAAAAAUCAAGACUGUUGAAGAAUGGAAGGCCCCAACCACUCAGACCGAGGUCCGUGCUUUUCUCGGAUUGGCGGGAUACUACCGCCGAUUCGUUGAAGGAUUCUCGAGUAUAGCAAGACCAAUGACCCAAUUGUUGAAGAAGGACCGGAAGUUCGAAUGGACCGACAAGUGUGAAGAGAGCUUUCAACAGCUCAAGUUAAGAUUGACAACAGCCCCAAUACUGGUUAUGCCGGACAUUACCAAGCCCUUCGAUGUGUACUGUGACGCCUCCAAGAUUGGUCUUGGAUAUUAUUCAUAA